UGGUAAUCUAUACAUGUUGUGUUAAUAGUUAAUACUCCAUAGAAGUAAAAUAUUAGCCUGAUUCAUCAGCCGGUUUAACUUCGUGGAAACCUCUGACCUCACAGAAUUAGGAUUUGUUUGCUUGAUGGUAGGCUCGCUCUCCCUCAGCGUGUUCCUGGUCUCUUUAGCGCUCACGGUGUGUGCUGUGUGGCUGGUGGCUCUCUGUGGCGUCUGCGGCUGGUGUCAACGCAAACUGGGGAAGAGAAACAAGCCAGGAGUAGAGACAGCAGACACUCCAGACUCUGCACGUGGGCGAGGGGAGAAGAAAGCCAUCAAUCACAAUGAUCUAGACAGAGACUUUUGGAAUAACAAUGACAGCAGCACAGUGCAGCAGAGGUGGAGCUCCUAUCCGCCCAAGGAGUUCGUACUAAACAUUUCUCCCUAUGCCCCCUAUGGAGAUCCUCGCCUCACACUCAAUGAAGGGAAGCUGGUGGUCCUGGCUUUGGCCAUAGGUGUGGCUGAGCAAGAUGACUUUGCCAAUAUCCCUGACCUGCAGGAAACGACACAGGCUCCACCCCCGCCCCCAGCAGCCAAUCAGGAGCCACCUCCUGAGAAGAGGGGCAACAAGCCAGCUAACAGCCCCAAAGGCCAGCCCCCCGAUGCCGAUGGUCACUCCUCUGUCUCGGACCUGGCCAACUCCCUCACCGGAGACAUGGUGAUGUUGUCCCCAGGUUCGGAGGAUGAUGACGGAGAGGGGCCAAUCAGUGAGAAGCUGGGGCGUAUCCAGUUCAGUAUCGGCUACAGCUUUCAGAACACCACCCUCACAGUCAAAGUGCUUAAGGGACAGGACCUCCCAGCCAAGGACUUCUCUGGCACCUCCGACCCCUUUGUCAAAAUCUACCUACUGCCAGACAAAAAGCACAAGCUGGAGACCAAGGUCAAGAGGAAGAACCUCAACCCUCACUGGAAUGAAACUUUCCUCUUUGAAGGCUUCCCUUACGAGAAGGUCAGGGAGCGCACUCUGUACCUGCAGGUGUUGGACUAUGACCGCUUCAGUCGGAAUGACCCCAUCGGAGAGGUGUCCAUCCCCCUCAACAAGGUGGAGCUGGGCCAGAUGAAGACCUUCUGGAAGGAGCUCAAGCCCUGCAGUGAUGGCAGCGGCCGGCGAGGAGACCUGCUACUGUCUCUGUGCUAUAACCCCACUGCCAACACCAUCACUGUGAACAUCAUCAAAGCACGCAAUCUCAAAGCCAUGGACAUCGGGGGCACCUCAGAUCCCUAUGUGAAAGUGUGGCUCAUGCACAAGGACAAGCGGAUAGAGAAGAAGAAGACAGUGACGAUGAAGCGCUGUCUGAAUCCCGUCUUUAACGAGUCCUUUCCGUUUGACGUCCCCGCCCACGUGCUCCGGGAGACCACCAUCAUCAUCACCGUCAUGGACAAGGACAGGCUGAGCCGCAACGACGUCAUCGGCAAGAUCUACCUAUCGUGGAAGAGCGGACCAGCGGAGGUGAAGCAUUGGAAGGACAUGCUCGCUCGGCCGCGCACUAACGUAGCCCAAUGGCACGCUCUCAAGGCCUGA